AUUUUAAGCAAUUUAAUUAUUUUUCACAUAUUCACUGUCUACUUUCUAGUUAUUAGUCUAAACACAAGUUUACUCUCGUUGAACACAUAUUUUGACAACCGGUGGUGACGGUAUAGCUUUCUUGAAUAUGAAUUACCUUCAGAAAAUAAUGACGAUCUAUCAAUAGUCCAAAUUGCAUUGUUUUAAUACAAUUGAUAAUGGCCUUUUGUUUUUUCUAACAAAUCUGAAGUUAUAAGGGAAAGUAAAUGUACGUACGUACUAGUUUAGUCCUUAGAAUUAUGUGACGAUGAUGUCUUAUUUGUAUACUCUAUUUGUGGUCCUUUGUGGAGUUAGUUUUGCUCAUGCUGCCGUAGACUGCAGAGUAACUGGAGCUGGUCGUUUUGCUGACUUGGCCGACGAGAAAUGCAAGAACUACACACUGUGCAUCUACGUAAAGGCUACAGACAGUUACCUUGCAUAUAACACAGUCUGUCCUAGCAUAUCAGUGUUCAACCCGUUGAUAUCUAAGUGUACAUCUCCAACGAAUUACGCGUGCAACUUCACCGUCAAUAUACCGAGACCUUCACCUUCUACUAUUUGUAUCUCAGACGGUUACAUGCCAGAUCCCGAACCUACGAAUUGUGCUACUUACAUACAAUGUGUGAAGAUCAAAGGUGUCUUUACUCAGUUGAGGCAUCGAUGUCCAGAAUUCACGUAUUACAAUCCCAACACUACGCUGUGUGAGUCUAAUUACACCUGUACCGACUUCAGUUGCGUGGCGCCCGGCAGAAUCGCGGAUAAGGCGGACUUCACAUGCCGCAAAUAUUACUACUGUGUGCAGUUAUUUAAUGGGACUUUUGCUCAGUUCAAGUACACGUGCCCCGCAGAUUCAGUGUUUAAUCCCAUCACUAAACUUUGUACAACACACUAUUCGUGCAGUUAAGGUGUUUUUGUAAUAU